AUGAUCACCUCAAAAGUUUCGAUUGGGCUGUUCCUUCUCCGUGUCACGAUCAAGCCCAUGCACAAGUGGAUCAUCUACGCUGCUAUGGCCAUAUCAGUCUUCACUGGAGCCGUCUUCUUCUUCGUCACAGUUUUCCAGUGCACCCCCAUCAGCUAUUUCUGGAACAAGCACGAACCGGGAUACUGCGUUCCGAUCGAUGUGAUCAUCGGCCUCACCUUUCUGUACAGUGCAUGUGCGAUCAUUUCGGAUUUCACAUUCGCAAUCCUGCCUAUUUUUGUUGUAUGGGGACUGAACAUGCCUGCAAAGACAAGAAUCUUGCUGAUUCCUAUCCUUGGGAUGGCCUGCAUUGCCAGUAUCGCUGUUACCGUGCGAUUAGCCUAUGUCAUGAAGUUCAGAGAUCCCGACUUUCUCUGGGCUACCGUUGACGUCGCCAUCUGGAGUGACAUCGAACAAGGCCUCGCCAUAACUGCUGGAAGUCUCGCAACACUCCGCCCACUGUACCGCGUCGUCACUUCGAAACUCGGUCUCUCCUCGGGCGGUACAGACGACAGCUCAAAGCCGACUGGCGCGCGUACACCUCAAUGGAGCCCUCGACUAUCCAGCCCACGUAGUGGAUUUCCGAGCUUCAAAUCGUUGUUGCGGUCGGAGAAGGGAACUGUCAGAGAUAAGGACGACGAGUAUGGCAUGGGCGAUCUUCAGCCUGUACGACUCAGGGAUGAUCUUGUUGAUGCAAAUGGGAGAGAGAAGAACGACAAGGGAUACACAACAUGGGAGAUACAAGCUAGCAAGAGCUCUGAUGAAGAGUGCCGUGCUGGCACUGUAACGGUGCACACACAAGUCCACCAGGCUUCCGAAAGGCGAUAA